UUCUUCCUCCACCCGCCUGCAAAGUUUGCGCGCGGUUCCCACAACGCAUGUGUAGGCAACAGAGUCGUCAGUCCUGUUCAUUCACGGAUACCUGAUGAGACCUUGAGAUCCAUCAUGAGCUCUUCAACCGUUUCUGUGUCGGUGCCGACGCCGACCCAACACUCUUUCCAGAGGAAGGUGGAUGAGAUCAAGGUGUCCAAAUCUGACAUCAACUUCGUUGUCAUGGACUACCUUGUGAAUGAAGGCUAUCCGCGGGCGGCCGAAAACUUCGCCAAAGAAGCCAACAUCAAACUUCCAUUCGAGGAGGAGUCAAUCCAAACCCGAGUGGAAAUUCGAGGUGCCAUUCACGCUGGCGACAUUGACACCGCCAUCAACAAGAUCAAUGAUCUCAAUCCUCAAAUCCUAGACACAGACCCAGCUCUUCACUUCGCUUUACUCCGUGUGCAACUGAUAGAACUUAUUCGUAAUUGUACCUCUUCUUCCACCGGCGAUAUCACACCGGUGCUCAAUUUUGCUUCCUCCCAACUCGCCCCCCGUGCUGCUACAAACCCUGAAUUCCUCAAAGACCUCGAACUUGCAAUGACUCUUUUGAUCUUCCUUCCUUCCGAUACGCUUGCGCCUGAACUUGAAGAGCUUAUCAAGCCGACCCUGCGUCGCGAGGUGGCUAGUAAAGUCAGUGAGGCCAUACUUACGAGCAUGGGCACGCGUGGUGAAGCUCGGAUGCGGCAAUUGGUCCGCCUACGACAGUGGGCCGAGAGAAAGGCCAGAUUAGCUGAAAAGGACCUGCCACCUUCCCUGCCAAUCGGUUUGCAGUCUGAAGACGCGACUAAUGGUAACUCGGAGGACAUUAUGGUGCAGUAG